AUGUCGAAGGUCGCAUUCCUCGAUAUUGUUGAGGUCAGGUAUCAUUGUCGCAUCCGCGAUGUUCGAACUUGCAGCGUUGUUGAGAUUGGGAAUGAUCUUUUUCCCUUCCGCAUGGGCAUAACAGCCCUCGUCAAUCAUGAAGACUUUUGUCGGGAAGGGGCCGAAUUCAUCUUCUUCCUCCAAACCUCCUCCAUUGUUUUUCUUUCAAGAGCUCCAUACCCCAAAGAAAUUCGGUUUUUUGUAUGCUCCUUCUUGGCCGAAAAUUUUCACUUUUCACUAGGGUUUCUCCCUCCACCUUCAAGCUCGGAUCUUGACUCUUGGAUUGGGGAUUUCAAGCCUCUUGAUUUGGAUUUGCAAUGUCUCCGCGUCGAUCUCGUCCCCGGAGGAGCCGUUCUCGUUCACAGCAUAGUGAGGAGGAGGUCCCCACGACAUCCUCUCCCGCGGCUUCAUUUUUCGGGGUGGAAUUUCCCGCGGGUAGCCUUCCUCCUCACGCCAACACCGGAUGUAGUCGGGAGGUUUUCUCUUCCGCUACUCUUAGGCAGGCUGUUGGCCCACUUCCUCGGUUCGACGGGGAUCGUCCAAAUGACUCUUGCCGUUCGAUACAGGAAGGAGGGCGCCAUUGCUUGCGCCAACUUAUCACAGAUGCCUCCUUCACCCCUGAUUCUACUUCCACUCAGGUUCUAAAGAAGCCGGGUUUUCUAUUUGGAGAUCAUGUCAGGGAUCCUGCCACGCUGACUCUUUGUGAGGAGCAUUGGUUAACUCUUGACGGUGGAGCCUGUUUGUACAUCCCUUCGAUUCCACGCCACUAUUCUUUCAGUCAUUUGAAGGGGCAAGCCGUGGACCGGCAGAUGUCUUGGCAUCUUACUGAAGAUGCUGAUCGGGUUCAAUGCGGAUAUGCUACUCACCAUAAGACUCCUGGCUCUGAGGGGUAUCAUGACGUGCGUGGUCUACGACCCGGGAUCAUGGGUCUUGAUACUGCACCCCCAGGCGAGGUGUCAGCUGCUGCUCCGACUGUGAGCAACCGUCUGGCUCUUCUUGGGAGACAGUUACCCCCAUCGGAGUACAGAUGUUAUGGCUGGGCUUCCUCCCUAGCCAAAGGGUGGUGGGCGCGCAUGACUGGUUUCGUCUUGGCGCGCUGGG